AUGAUUCCGUCCAACAAGGUCUCCGUCCAUGGCCAAGAGAGUUGCGAGGUGUUUCCUUUGAACAUAGGAACCUUGGUUGCUGCAGUGGAGAGAAAGGAGAAUCCAAUCCCGGCUCCACCUUCAGAGGUUCAGGACAAAAUAUCUUUCAUAAUGAAUAAUGUCUCGGCAGCAAACAUCGAAUCUAAGGAGAAAGAAUUCACCGAAAGUCUGUCCAUUCAGUACUAUCCUUGGUUUGCACAAUAUGUGGUCAUGAAGAGAGUGAGUACUGAGCGAAAGUUUCAUGCCUUGUACUUGAACUUCUUGGACAAAGUUAAUUCCCGCCCUUUGUACAAGGAAAUAGUCCAAGCUACCUAUGACAACUGUAAGGUUCUUUUAGGUUCAGAGCUCAUAAAGUCAAGUUCAGAAGAGCGGUCCUUGCUUAAAAACUUAGGUAGCUGGCUUGGGAAGGUGACCAUUGGAAGGAAUCACGUUUUAAGGGCGCGUGAAAUAGAUCCAAAAUCCCUGAUACUUGAUGCAUAUGAAAAAGGCUUGUUGAUUGCCAUCAUUCCCUUCACUACUAAGGUUUUGGAAUCCUGCCAAAGCAGUAUCGUAUAUCAACCUCCGAAUCCAUGGACUAUGUCUAUACUUGGGUUGCUAGCAGAGAUUUAUUCGAUGCCACAACUUAAGAUGAAUCUGAUGUUUGACAUAGAGGUUUUUUUCAAGAACCUUGGGGUUGAUAUCAAACAUGUAAAACCAACUUCCUUUCUUAAAGGCCGAACGAGAGAAGUAGAUGGAAAUCCUGAUUUUAGCAACAAAGAUUUUGGAGUGGCACAAGGAUCUCAACCACACAUGAUUAAUGAGCUUGAAUCCGAAUAUAUUUCUCCUCAUAACCGAGCAGAGCUAACUACCAAUGCAGCCGGCCAUUCAAAGUCAUUGUCUCAGAUUAUGACUGUCACUGUGAGAUCUCUGUUAAAGGACGCAAGUGACAAAAAGACAGCACUUAAUCCACUACCAUAUUUCAGAUUUUUCAUCAACUUGCUGCUCGAUUCAUCUUCCCCCGGCCCUAUGGAAGAUGGUGCAAACUAUCAGGUUCUAAUAGAUUUUGCAAAUGCAUUUCACGCGCUGCAGCCUCUUAACAUUCCUGCGUUCAGCUUUGCAUGGCUAGAGCUGGUUAGCCACAGAAGCUUCAUGCCCAAACUACUUUCUCUAAAUGGUCAGAAGGGUUGGCCGUAUUUUCAACGCCUGCUAGUGGGCUUGCUUAAGUUUCUUGAGCCUCUUUUGAGAGAUGUUGAACGAAGGCCAUCGGUUCAUUUGCUAUACAAAGGCACACUGAAAGUAUUGCUGGUAUUGCUCCAUGACUACCCGGAGUUUCUUUGUGACUAUCAUUUUACUUUCUGCAAUGUGAUUCCUUCAAGCUGCAUACAAAUGCGAAACAUUGUACUCUGUUCUUCUCCGCGAAACAUGAGGCUACCAAAUCCGUUUACGCCAAACCUAAAGAUUGAUCUACUGCCUGCUCCCCGUAUCCUUGCUGAGGUCGAUGCUGCACUUAAAGAAGAGCAAAUGAAGACCCACUUGGAUGAGUAUCUUUCAAUGAGGCAACAUGAUUCUAGUUUCCUAAAUGAGCUGAAGCAGAGGCUGCUUCUCCCGGCCAGUGAGGCUGAUUCAGCUGGCACUAGAUACAAUGUACCAUUGGUCAACUCACUUGUACUCUACGUUGGACUGCAAGCUGUUCAACAGCGCGAGGCUGAGGCUGAGGGUCAGUGGAAUGCAAAUGUUGCCGCCUUGCAAAUGUUCAAAUUUUUAAGUUGGGAACUUGACACGGAAGGACGUUUCAUGUUGCUUAGUGCAAUGGCCAAUCAACUACGUUAUCCCAACAGCCACACACAUUACUUCGCCACCACCAUCCUCUCUCUUUUCUAUGAGUCGGACCACGAAAUUGUAAAGGAGCAGAUAACAAGAGUGUUGCUGGAGCGCCUAAUCGUUCAGCAGCCACAUCCAUGGGGGCUUCUCAUCACGCUAAGGGAGCUCAUCAAGAAUGAUGGGUUUUGGGAACAGAAGUAUGCACCAUAUAUCAAGAAACUGAUUCAAUUUGUGGCCCGUUCCUAUGGUGGUCUGAAGCCGGAUAUAGUCUCCACUUAG